AUGGCAAACGGCGUGCUAAGGUGGCUCUGCGUCGUCCCCGGACGGGCGCGGCGGCGGCGGCGCGAGGCGAGGCUGGUGCUGUGGGGCGGGGAGACGCGGGCGGUCGAGCCCGGGAGCACGGCCUGGGAGGUCAUGGUGGAGCACGGCGCCGGUGGAAGGGUGGUGUGCCGGGCCGACGGGUUCCGCAUCGGCCGCCCCGCGCCGGUGCUCGCCGUCGAGGACCAGCUCGAGGCCGGCCGCACGUACAUCGUCGUCCCCGUGGACCGCCUCCCAGCGCAGGGCCAGGGCGCGGUCACUGCGGCAUCGCUCGCGGCGCUAUCGUGCGACAGCCACAACGGCCGCGGCGGCGUCUUACCGUCGGCGCCGUCCCUGGCCGGGGGCGGGAGGAGCCCGUUCGAGUACGUCAAGGACGGCGACGGCCGGACGGUGAUCAGUGUCACUGAGGAGUUCAUCGUGAAGGCCUUCACUGGGAGGCGGCCGCCCGCUGGUGCCGGUGGUGGUCGUGGUGAUGAGGAGGAGAACGGGUCGCCGAUCUGCAGCACGCCGGAGCUGAGGAAGCACUACGAGCUGCUCGUGGGGGCGGCGAGGGGGAGGCCGUGGUCACCGCGGCUGGAGACGAUCGAGGAGCGGAAGGCGAGGAGGGGGCUGGACGUCGUGAUCAGCCCCCGAAGGCUGUCGCCGGCGAGGCUGCUGGGGUUGGUCAAAGGAUCCAGCGAGCUAGCGAGGUAGGACGCCGGCCUUGCGUAUGCAUGCAUGCAGAUACAGAAUCCCACAUUCUGCAACAGGCCAACAAUGACCGUGCGCGUGAAUAUCAUUUCAAAACAAUAACCUUCGCUGUAUAUACUGCUAUGCUAUGUGGCUCCAUCUACUGGAAUGGACUUGCCUUGGCUGACGCCUCCGAUCUGUACAUUUUGCUAAAUUCCCUUGAGAAUUUUGUACAGUUGAAAGAUUUAUAUGUCUGAGUAGAUAGUGAAAACAUAUUUUUACUGUAACAAUAUCUUUAAUAAUGUUAAGCCGGUAAAUAAGA